AUGAACUCUGAAGAAAUAGAUUCACAAUUAACUUUAGGAAUAUCCAGUGAAGAUUUGGAAGUUUCGCAUGGAGAGAUAGUCAACCAACACACACAGACCAUCAAGUUUGGUGAUGACUAUAAUCAACCACUAUCAGUUGGAGUAUUACCAACAUCAUUACAAUCAUUGGUGUUUGGUGAUGACUAUAAUCAACCUCUAUCAGUUGGAGUAUUACCAACAUCAUUACAAUCAUUGGUGUUUGGUAGAGACUAUAAUCAAGCAAUAUCGGUUGGAGUAUUACCAUCAUCAUUACAAUCAUUGAAGUUUGGUAGUGGAUAUAAUCAACGUCUAUCAUUUGGAGUAUUACCAACAUCAUUGCAAUCAUUGGAGUUUGGCACCCUGGGAGGUACAAAAUCAGCCUUAAGAUUUUUCUGUGAUUUCCAACAGCCAAUAGGAAUUAGUAAACACUUCAUAAAGUCAUUGUCAUACGGAGUAUUGAAGCUUCCGAGUUUCAAAGAUCAAGUACUCGUUCUAUUGAAUGGCAACACGAAUGAGCAAUUAAAUUUAGAAUCAAAUUCAACUCGCAACCCAAAUCCCAACUCAAUCAAUUACGAUGAGAACUAUUUAAUAAGAUACCCUAUCGACCACUCUUCCUAUGUUACAGUCAACUCUAACAAAUAUUAUAAGCUUCACUCUUUUCCAUACUCUGUCAACAAAGUAUUUUUAGUAAUGUGCGAAUCAUCAGGUGAAUUGUUUGCUUGCAAAGAAAUAGAUUACUCCUCCAAUCAAUCGAUCUAUGACAAAGCCCAAUUUGAAAUCACAACGAUGAAACUAUUCGCCAACGACGAUAUGUUUGUUCAAUACAAAGAUCACCAAGAUGACAUAGAUUCAAAAAAGAUAUAUCUUUUGACACAUUUCUGUGAAGGUGGUGAUUUAGAACAAUUAUUUCAAUCAAUCUAUAAAUGCAAUGAAGCUGAAAAAAGAAAGCCAAGUCCACAAUAUAAAUAUAUCUCAGAAUCAGAAAUAUGGGUCUAUAUUCGACGAUUAUUCCUCAUACUUGAAAAACUAUCUCGACACAAUCUUGCACAUCUUGAUAUCAAACCACUCAAUCUAUUCAUUCGAAAUGAUGGUCAAAUAGUUCUUGGUGGGUUUGGUUGUUGUCACUAUUUCGUUGAUCAAAAUCGUUCAAUCAUCUAUGAUCACAAGAUCGAUAAUCAAGAAGAUCAUGGGGAAAUAACACAAUAUGCAAAUAUGAUAGCUACAACACUUGUAACUCGUGGAACAAGAGGAUAUUAUGCACCGGAAUCAAAACAUAAGAAAUAUUACGCAUCAAGUGAUAUAUAUUCGGUUGGUUCAACUCUGUUUCAUUUACUUUCAUGUCACCCAGACGAUAUUGAAAAUAGAAAACAAUUUAUCAUGAACCACAAAAAUAACAACUUUGAUAUGGACCAUAUUAAAAUAUCAACUGAUAGAUACUCCGAACAUUUAAUUAAUUUUGUCAAGAAACUAUUAAUCGCAACACCUCAUGAUCGUCUCUCAUUGGAUGAUUUGAAUGGAGAGAUAAUCAACGAACACACACAGAGAAUCACAUCAUUUUUAAUCAACCAACGACAAAUUCUAACAAACACAACAACAUUAAUAUUGGAUGGUGAAUUCAACAGUCCUCUCAGAGGAUUACUUCCACCAACACUUUUGGAAUUAAAAUUGGGAGGAAACUUUAAUCAACCAAUAUAUGAGGGUGAUAUUCCCUUUGGAGUUGAAACAUUGUCGUUUGAUAAAGACUAUAACCAACCGCUAUCAGUUGGAGUAUUACCAUCAUCAUUACAAUCAUUGGUGUUUGGUUAUGACUAUGAUCAACCUCUAUCAGUUGGAAUAUUACCAACAUCAUUACAAUCAUUGGUGUUUGGUAAUAGAUAUAAUCAACCUCUAUCAGUUGGAGUAUUACCAUCAUCAUUACAAUCAUUGGAGUUUGGUUACGACUAUAAUCAACCUCUACCAGUUAGAGUAUUACCAUCAUCAUUACAAUCAUUGAAGUUUGGUGAUAGAUAUAAUCAAGAAAUAUCGGUUGGAGUAUUACCAACAUCAUUACAAUCAUUGGUGUUUGGUUAUGACUAUGAUCAACCUCUAUCAGUUGGAGUAUUACCAACAUCAUUACAAUCAUUGGUGUUUGGUGUUGACUAUAAUCAACGUCUAUCAGUUGAAGUAUUACCAACAUCAUUACAAUCGUUGAUGUUUGGUGAUAGAUAUAAUCAAGCACUACCAGUUGAAGUAUUACCAUCAUCAUUACUAUCAUUGAAGUUUAGUGAUAGAUAUAAUCAACCUCUAUCAGUUGGAGUAUUACCAACAUCAUUACAAUCAUUGGUGUUUGGUAAUAGAUAUAAUCAACCUCUAUCAGUUGGAGUAUUACCAACAUCAUUACAAUCAUUGGUGUUUGGUAGUAGAUAUAAUCAACCUCUACCAGUUGGAGUAUUACCAUCAUCAUUACGAUCAUUGGUGUUUGGUAUUCACUAUAAUCAACGUUUACCAGUUGGAAUAUUACCAUUAUCAUUGAAAUCAUUGACGUUGGGUAAUAGAUAUGAUCAACCAAUAUCAAUCGGAGUAUUACCAACUUUACAAACUUUAAAGUUUGACUGCCCAGGAAAGUCAGUUCUAACAUUUUUCUGUGAUUUCCAACAACCAAUUGAAAUCAGCACACGCUUCAUUAAUUCGCAUUCAUAUGGAUUAUCGAAGCUUCCAAAUUGCAAAGACAGAACCCUAAUUUUAUCAAACGUUCCCAAUGAUCAAUUCGAGACAGAAUCAAGUUCAACUUUCGACACAAAUCCCAACUCUAUCAAUAAUACCAACCAUUUAAUACGAUAUCCCAUCAAAGUCGAGGAUUAUGUCAUAGUCAACUCUAACAAAUAUUAUAAGCUACACUCUUUUCCACACGCAACCAACAAAGUUAUUUUGGUGAUGUGCGAAUCAUCAGGUGAACUUUUUGUUUACAAAGAAAUAGAUUACUCCUCCAAUCAAUCAAUCUACAACAAAGUACAAUUUGAAAUCACAACGAUGAAACUAUUCAUCCAAGACUCUAUGUUUGUGCAAUACAAAGACCAUCAAGAUAACAGAGAUUCAAAAAAGAUAAAUCUUUUGACACAUUUCUGUGAAGGUGGUGAUUUAGAACAAUUAUGUCAAUCAGUGCAUCAAUGGAAUAAGGGGAAACCUUACCCAGAAUAUAAAUAUAUUACAGAAUCAGAAAUAUGGGUCUAUAUUCGACGAUUAUUCCAAAUAUAUGAUAUCUAUGGGGCUUGUCUCUCUUGGAACAAAAGGAUCAUUCGCAUCGAACCGACAACCCAAUUUCUAAUAUAUUUCGAAUCAAAACAACAAAAGAAAUAUGACCCUUCAAAUGAUAUAUAUUCAGUUGGAUCAACUCUUUUCCAUUUACUUUCAUGCCACCCAGAAGAUCAUGCAGACAGAAUCGAAUUUAUCGACAAACACAGAGAUAGUAAUGAUCAUAUUAAAAUAUCAACAGUUAGAUAUUCUGCAAAUUUAAUUAAUUUUGUCAAGAAACUAUUCGAAGAAACUGAAAAUCGUCUUACAUUGGCUUAUUUUAUUGCCCAAAUAUCCAACCAACACACACAGAGAAUCACAUCAUUUUCAAUCGAUCAAAUUCUAUCAAGCACGACAACGUUGAUAUUGGAUGGAGAUUUCAACACUCCUCUCAAUGAAGGAUUACUUCCAGAGACACUUAAAAUACUAAAGAUUUUGGGAAAGUUUAAUCAACCAAUCAAAGAGGGUGAUAUUCCUGAUAGUGUUAAAACAUUGAUGUUUGGUAACAGAUAUAAUCAACCACUGCCAGUUGGAGUAUUACCAUCAACAUUACAAUCAUUGGUGUUUGGUAAUGACUAUAAUCAACCUCUAUCAGAUGGAGUAUUACCAACAUCAUUACGAUCAUUGGAGUUUGGUUGGAGAUAUAAUCAACCACUAUCAGUUGGAGUAUUACCAAAAUCAUUAGAAGAAUUGAAGUUUGGUUGGAACUAUAAUCAACUUCUAUCAGUUGGAGUAUUACCAACAUCAUUAAAAUCAUUGGUGUUUGGUGGGGACCCAACAACUCCUUUAAUAUUAUUUGUCGAACAAAAAAACAACCAAUCCAUUGGUGUAAGCAGAAACUUUAUUAAAUUAAAAUCGCAUGGGGCCAUAAAACUCCCGGGUACCAAAUCUUCUCUCAUUCUUUCUACAUCACCGUCAGAACACAAUAUCGAUGUCGCUUCUAUUUUGGCCAACAAUUCCAAUUCAAUCCCGAACCAUUUAAUAAGAUAUCCAAUCAAAGUCGAAGAUUAUGUCAUAGUCAACUCUAACAAAUAUUAUAAGCUACACUCUUUUCCACACGCAACCAACAAAGUUAUUUUGGUGAUGUGCGAAUCAUCAGGUGAACUUUUUGUUUACAAAGAAAUAGAUUACUCCUCCAAUCAAUCAAUCUAUGACAAAACCCAAUUGGAAAUCACAACGAUUAAACUAUUCAUCAAAGACUCUAUGUUUGUGCAAUACAAAGACCACCAAGAUGACUCUGAUUUAAAAAAAAUAUAUAUUUUGACGCAUUUCUGUGAAGGUGGUGAUUUAGAACAUUUGUGUCAAUCAAUGACUAAAUGGAAUGAAUCUCAAAAACAACAACCUCCAAAAUAUAAAUAUAUUACAGAAUCAGAAAUAUGGGUCUAUAUUCGAAGAUUAUUCCUCAUACUUGAAAAACUAUAUCAACAUAAAAUUGCACAUCUUGAUAUUAAACCACUCAAUCUAUUUAUUGGGUCAGACGGCAAAAUAGUUCUUGGUGAUUUUGGAUCUAUCAAAUCCACAAAACGAGAGACCGAUGAUAAGACUGCCUCCUCUAUGAUAUCUUCAACACUUCCCUCUCGUGGAACAAACGGAUAUUACUCACCAGAAACAAAAGAAAAGAAAUAUUACCCCUCAAGUGAUAUAUAUUCGGUUGGAUCAACUCUUUUACAUUUACUUUCAUGUCACCCAGAUGAUAUUAUCAAUAGAAAAGAAUUUAUCAACAACCACAAGCAAUACAUACUCGAUUAUCAUAUUAAUAUAUCAACCGAUAGAUACUCUGAACAUUUAAUUAAUUUUGUCAUGAAACUAUUAACCACAACACCUGACGGUCGUCUCUCAUUGGAUGAUUUGAAUGGAGAAAUAGUCAACCAACACACACAAAGAAUCUCAUCAUUUUUAAUCGACCGACGACAAAUUCUAUCAAGCACAACAACAUUAAUAUUGGAUGGUGAAUUCAACACUCCUCUCAGAGGAUUACUUCCACCAACACUUACCGAACUAAAAUUGGGAGGAAAGUUCAAUCAACCGAUCAAAGAGGGUGAUAUUCCUAAAGGAGUAGAAACUUUGAUAUUUGGUCAAUCUUUUUGCUUGCCAAUUGAAAUGAACAAAAAGUCUACAAAUGGAAAAGACAUGGUUGUUGAGCCUAAAUUCCAACAGAGUGAAUACAAUGUUCACUUUGAUAUACAGAUCCUAUCGAAUAAAUCGAUGUCGACCUAUCUCCCCAACCAAGAAAGAUCGAUACCAUCAUCACUACAAUCACUGGCGCUUGGUGAUGGAUUUAAUCAACCUCUAUCAAUUGGAGUAUUACCAUCAUCAUUAAAAUCAUUGAUUUUGGGUGAUAAAUAUAAUCAACCUCUGUCAGUUGGAGUAUUACCACCAUCAUUAACAUCAUUGAAGUUUGGUUGGGAAUAUAAUCAACGCCUACCAGCUGGAGUAUUACCAUCAACAUUACAAUCAUUGGUGUUUGGUGAUAGAUAUAAUCAACCUCUAUCAGUUGGAGUAUUACCAACAAAAUUACUAUCAUUGGUGUUUGGUGAUGACUAUAAUCAACGCCUGUCAGAUCAAGUAUUACCAACAUUACAAUCAUUGAGGUUUGGCAAUAGAUAUAAUCAACCUCUACCGGUUGGAGUAUUACCAUUGUUACAAUCAUUGGAGUUUGGUGAUAGAUAUGAUCAACGUCUACCGGUUGGAGUAUUACCAACAUCAUUACAAUCAUUGGUGUUUGGUAAUAGAUAUAAUCAACCUCUACCAGUUGGAGUAUUACCAUCAUUAAAAUCUGCAUUAAUAUCUUUGAAGUUUGGUGAUUACUACAACCAAACCAUAUCAGUUGGAGUAUUACCAUCAUCAUUACAAUCAUUGAAGUUUGGUCGAGAGUAUGAUCAAUCAAUAUCAGCCAAAGUAUUACCACCAUCAUUACAAUCAUUGGAGUUUGGUGAUGAAUAUAAUCAAGCACUUUCGAUUGGAGUGUUACCAACAUCAUUACAAUCAUUGGUGUUUGGUAAAAGAUUUACCCAACCACUAUCAGAUGGAGUAUUACCUACAUCAUUACAAUCUUUGGUGUUUGGUAAAAGAUAUAACCACACCCUAACAAUUGGAGUAUUACCAACAUCAUUACAAACUUUAAAGUUUGAUUGCCCAGGUUCAAAAUCGGUCCUAAGAUUUUUAUGUGAUUUCCAACAACCAAUUGGAAUUAACAAGCGUUUCAUCAAGACAACGUCAUACGGAGUAUUGAAGCUUCCUAGUUUCAAAGAUCAAAUCCUCAUUUUUUCUAAAGACCAAUGCGGCAACAUUGAUCAAUUCGAGGUAGAACCAAGCUCAACUUCUCUUCACUCUUUUCCAUACUCCGCCAACCAAGUGUUUUUGGUCAUGUCUGAAUCACAAGGUGAAUUGUUUGUUUACAAAGAAAUAGAUUACUCAAAGAAACAAAAAGAUCCAAAUCUCUAUGACAAAGUACAAUUUGAAAUCGCAACGAUGAAACUAUUUAUCAACGACGAUAUGUUUGUACAAUACAAAGAUCACCAAGAUGAUAUCAAGGAAAAGAAGAUAUAUCUUUUGACACAUUUCUGUGAGGGUGGUGAUUUAGAACAAAUAUUUCAAUCAAUCUAUCAAUGGAAUGAAUCUCAAAAGCAAAAACAAAGCACCGAAUAUCAAUAUAUUACAGAAUCAGAAAUAUGGCGAUAUAUUCGACGAUUAUUCCUCAUACUUGAAAAACUAUCCCAACACAAUCUUUUACAUCUUGAUAUCAAACCACUAAAUCUAUUUAUUGGAACAGAUGGCGAAAUAGUUCUUGGUGAUUUUGGUUGUUGCCAUUUUCAAAAUCAACCAGUUGAUAAAACCAUAAAUAUUAAUGACACUUCGAAUCUUCCUGUCUCUCGUGGAACAUAUGGAUAUUAUGCACCGGAAUCAAGACAAAAGAAAUAUUACUCUUCAAGUGAUAUAUAUUCGGUUGGUUCAACUCUUUUACAUUUGCUUUCAUGCCAUCCAGAUGAUAUUGAAAAUAGAAGAAAAUUUAUCAAGAACCACAAAGAAAACAACUUUAAUGCAGAACAUAUUAAAAUAUCAACUAUUAGAUAUUCUGAACAUUUAAUUAAUUUUGUCACGAAACUAUUAAUCGCAACACCUCGUGAUCGUCUUUCAUUGGAUGAUUUUAAUGGAGACGUCAACCAACACACACAAAGAAUCACAUCGUUUUUAAUCGAUCAACGACAAAUCCUAUCAAGCACAACAACAUUAAUAUUGGAUGGUGAAUUCAACAGUCCCCUCACUGGAUUACUUCCACCAACACUUUUAAAAUUAAAGUUAUUUGGUAAGUUCAAUCAACCGAUCAAUUGGGGUGAUAUUCCUAGUAGAGUUGAAACAUUAAUACUAGGGUCGUCAUUUAAUAGUGAAAUGAAAGGGCUGCCAAAGUCACUUAAAACACUAGUUCUUGGUAAAUCAUUCAAUCAGCCACUGUUACUAAACCAUUUAAAGCAGGGUCACAAAGGAUUUUUAGGUUUUAGAUGUGCAAUCCACAUAACCACAGCAAAGGAUACUAUAAAGUCAAAUUUGGAAAAAGAUAUCAAUAUUUAUCAUCUCACUGGACACACCAACAUUACCAAUUCAUUCAUCGAAGACAACAAGGUCUGCGAUUUCAUCUUGAUGCUUGGUGAAAAAUGUUAUGGAGUUGGUAAAACCAAGACGGAAAAGGAUAUUCUUCAAUGGGAGAACAACGAUACUUUCAUAUCAAUUGGUUUGGUGGAUAUUGGAGUGGUAUCACAUGUUCAAAAAUCGAUUUAUCCACAUCUGUUUUGUCAAGUAGAUAAACUUAAAUUUGAAGCAUUGAACAAUCAGUUUAGUAACUCCAAAGGUAUUGAAUACCCACUAAAAAAUAUGAUCAAAUUAAUUGAAUUGGACGAAGAUAAUAUUCACCAAGUGUAUCAGGAUGCUCAAUACUUUAAUAUUAGAUUUAUUCCAUUCACCAAAGAAAUGGCCGAUAUAGAACAGCAAGAUCGUGUUGCCAGGGCUAAGAGAGAUGAACAAGAUCAUAUUGCAAAGGAAAAGGCUACAAACGACGAGCUAGAUCGUAUUGCAAAGGAAAAGAGAGACGAGCAAGAUCGUAUUGCAAAAGAAAAGAGAGAUGAACAAGAUCGCAUUGACAAGGAAAAAAGAGAUGAACAAGAUCGUAUCGCAAAGGAAAAAAGAGAUGAACAAGAUCGUAUCGCAAAGGAAAAAAGAGAUGAACAAGGAAAGGUCAGACAAUAG